AUGUCGCUUCGGAGAUCUACCCGAUCAUCCUCUAUAAAGCCAAAGCCAGCAGAGAAAUCCACUACAAAGCCUGCUACAAGGGCUUCCUCGAAGCCUCUCCCAAAGGCUACAGCGAAGGCGGCUCCCAAGCCUGCUACCAAGACUUCCGGACGAAAGGCCGCCACGAAGCGCCCUGCAUCGCCCGAGAAUGCGCCCCCGCCCACUAAGCGGGCCCGUACAGCACCCAAGGCGGUGGAGAACGGCGUGCCACAUGUGAAUGGCAAGGCGGAGGUUCCUCCUCUACGCUCGCGGUCAAGGACACGGAAGACGUCCGUCCCGCCAGCGAAGAAGGUAGUGCCGCAGGCGAAGCCGUAUUUUAAUCCCCUCCCUAAUCCGCCCGAGCACCUCCGCCCCGCACCACUGCUAUGGGCCUGGGGCGCUGGCAACUUCGGCCAGUUUGGCAUGGGCUCUGACUUCCUUGGGGACUUUGAGAAGCCGAAGAAGAAUGCGUUGGUCGAGGAGAGGAUACAUGAAGGCGUGUUCGGUAGCCCAGAAGCGGGCCUGGAGGCGAUCGCGGCAGGCGGUCUGCAUUCCUUAUUUGUUGAUGAGAAGGGAACUGUGUGGUCGUGCGGUGUGAAUGAUGACGCUGCAUUGGGCCGAAUUACGGCAGAAGUUCCGAAUCCGGAGAAGGAAGGAGAGUUCCUUGACGUUGACGUGCUGACUGCAGAGCCACAUCCUCUGCAAUCGCUGGUGGAAGAGAAGUUCCGUGCCGUGCGAGUAGCGGCUGGCGACACUAUCUCUGCUGCCAUCAGCUCAGAAGGUGACCUACGGGUAUGGGGCUCAUUCCGAGGAGUUGAGGGCAUCCUUGGCUUCUCAAGCGGGCAUAGGCACCAGUUCCUACCAGCGGCUAUAUCAGAACUGCCGCUCAAGUCGAAGCCGGGGGAUGUCGAGAAAUUUGCUGCCGUUGUCGCAGGCAACAACCACUUGCUGGUGUUGACCACGCAUGGAAAUUUGUUCACAUGGGGUGCAGGUGAGCAGGGCCAACUCGGGCGAAAGGUACUUGAGCGGCGCAAGAUCCACGGGACGGUACCCGAGAAGAUUGUGCUGGGCGCGCGAUCUCAUAAGGCCGUCGUCAUUGGGGCAGGCAGCUACACGUCGUUCGCAGUCGAUGAGCACGGCGACGUGUGGGCGUGGGGCCUAAAUAACAGGGGCCAGACAGGUACAGGCUUCAGGAGCGCCGAGGCAGACGGGGAUGUGCAGCUCCCCAAGAAGGUUUUGGGACUUAGCAAGGCGGAACUGGGCAGCGACAUCGUGGUCACACAGAUCGUGGGCGGGGAGCACCACACGCUCUUCCUCACGUCGGAUGGCAAGGUGUAUUCGUGCGGGCGCUCUGACGCUGGGCAGCUCGGCCUCGCCGAUGACGACAAGGCGUUCCAGGACCGCGUCCAUCCCGAUAUGCUUGCGGAGCCCGUGCUGGUGACGUUCCCGGAUCUAGAGGACCCCGUAGUGCAAAUCUCUGUAGGCAUCCACAACAAUGCUGCCGUCACGCGCGGUGGCGCGCUUUACACUUGGGGGACGGGCGUGCAGGGUGAGCUUGGUUUGGGCGAGGACGUGGAGGUACGCACCCCAAGGGUCGUCGUGCGCAAGGAGGGCGGCUCAUGGGCGGCUCUUGCGGUAUCGUGCGGCGGACAACAUACGCUCGCGUUGUUCAAGAAGAAGACGUUUUCAUGA